GAAACCAUGGGUGAUGAAGAGACUAUCCAAAAGGUUGUCGUCAAGCCUGACGAGUUCAGCGGUUUGAUCGGAAAUAUCGCUGGGAAUCUUAUUCGAGAUAGAGUGUUAUUUUCGCACCUCACCCGUCCACUGAAGUUCAAUUCGAAAAAAGAAAAUCCUAAUUUGGAGAUAUUCAAUGGCUGUUUCUUGUGGAAGUUGUUAGUUCAUUCUCGUUCGAAGAACAUCUGUGCGUAUGUGGUAGUUGGUAUUCAGCUGGCUGAUGGUUGUUCUUUUGUUUAUCAGUUUGCUGAUGGUUAUUUCUUGUUUUAUUAUUUGAAAGGUUUUGUUUCAUUUAUUUGA